AAAAAAAAUUUUAAAUUAAAAUUCCAAACAGAUAUUUCCUAAAUCCGCUUGCCAACAAUGAGUAACAUUCUAAUCAUAAUUCCACAGUAAUGGAUUAACGCUGAAGGAUUGUGUUUCAAAUGUCUUGUGUUGUUGUCUUAAGUCCCUAUAGUGUUUUUGGUGUUUCCAAUAAACCAGCAUAUAACAAUGAGUCUAUAACAAAAAAUCGAGCAGGUUGAAAUUAAGACUAAAACAUAACGAAAGGUAUACCUUACACCUGUAUACCUCACAGGUAUAAGGCAAUUUAAACUAAUUCUAAAUGAGAACUUAGCAGCUCCUUGAGACACAACAACAUUCAAUAAAACAAGACAUAGAAUAUGACGAUUUUAACAGAUGAAGCAGAUUAAUACGAGGACCAAAGAAGCAAAUAAUCGACAAUAUGGACAAAAACUGUAAUAUACCUCCAACAUGUCCCAACACGGAGCCGGGUGUAACACCUCCGAGACCACGUGCGAGUACCAUGGACUGCAGUGGACGCCAGGGUCGAAGAAGAUGGCAAACUCCAGCCCAACAGAAUAGAAAUCCAUGUACUACUCCGUCAUGGCUUAACACUUCCAGACCUAUGGCGCAACAGCCUGGUCGAACAUGCUCACCGCCUGGUCCAGGAGGCUCACCUCCAUGCCCAUCACCUGCAGCUCCACCGGGUCGAAGGAGAUGGUCGAUUUCUGCACCACAGAAUCCAUGCUCUGGUCCAGGAUGGCUAAACGCUACUUUACCUGCGUCGCAACCGUCUACUCCAGGAUGGCUUAACUCUUCGCCACAACAGUGUACUCCAGCCAGGCUUAAUGCUACUCUCUCUGCCGUGCAAGAGGGCAUUAUAUCAAAUCCCACAACUCCUUCAAUAACUGUUACAGGUGAAGGUAAUCAACCUGGUUCAGCAUGCCCCCGCAGUGUUUCACCACCGGCGCAACCGAGACGACGAAGAUGGACCCUUUCUGGACAACGGAAUCCAUGUACUACUCCAGGAUGGCUUAAUGCGGCUCGAGGUACUGCGCAACAGCAGCCUAAUCCAACAUGUCCUAGCAAUUCUCCACCUGUGGCGCAAUCGGGUCGAAGGAGAUGGUCUGUUUCUGCAGCACAAAAACCAUGUUCUACUCCAGGAUGGCUUAACUCUACACUACCUACAUCGCAACCGUCUAUUCCUGGAUGUCCUAACACUACACUACCUGCGCAGCAACAGUGCGCUCCAGGACCGCUAAAUGCCACCAUGCCUACGCCGCAAGAGGGCAGAAGAAGAUGGACCAUUUCUGCACAGCAGAAGCCAAGUGGUACUCCAGCAUGGCUCAAGGCUGUUCGUCAGAACGCGUGUGCAGCGGCUAGCGAUUCCCCACAACGAACAUGUGAUAACCAACCGAAUGCCUGUGGAUCCCCUGCAUCACCAAAUGCCUCUCCACCACGUGCCGGAAGUCCUCAACGAAUGUCUAGUCCAUGUCCUGCAACUCCUCAACGAAUGGGAGAAUCGCCUGGUCCAUUAUUUAAAACUCCAUCAUCUGUAUCACGUCGGCGUAGUCCAUGUCCUAGAACUCCAGUAAAUAUGGAGGAGCCGGCUACUCCAAGAUGUCCCAGAACUCCUCAACGUCUGUGCAGUCCAUGUCCUGAGACUCCUCAACGAAUGGAACAAUCGCCUUGUCCAUUGUUUAAAACUCCAUCAUCUGUACCACGUCGGCCUAGUCCAUUAUUUAGAACUCCUUCGACUGCACAACGUCGGGCGAGUUUUUCCACAUCCUUUUGUACGCCGCAAGGGGGUAACCGAUUGUGUCCUGGAACGCCUACAGUGCAAGAGUGUAGUCCUAGGACUCCAGAAAAUACGGGACGACCGGUUGAUAAAAUAUUUACUAGCACUCCCGUACCACAGUCCAGGGAGGGCACUCCUUCAAAUCCUUCAACUCCAACAUGUCCAAAUGUAUCGAGGGAAUUUUUCGCACCUCAGAGAGCACGUGCGAGUACACUUGAUUGCAGUGUAAUACCUCGGAUAACUGGUAGAAACAUAGAAUUAAAUUUCGAACUACCUCCUCGCCAAACCGGAAAUCGGGACGCUCCAUGUCCAAGGACAUCAGCAUCACAGCUACGGCAUGUUAUGCGAAUGCAGAGAGCUCGAAAUAUGCGUGAAAAUAGUUGUCAACGCGGAUCUCAGGGAUCUCAAAGUAUGUCUGUUGGGCCACGUCAAUCUCAGUCGCAAUUCUUAGCAGUGCCACGUCCCCCGCGCCGAAGAUGGGGCAUUCCUAUACGAGAAAAUCAGAACUGCGAUGGACCAUCAUGGAUUAACACUUUGCCUAUAGUGGACGAGGUUCAACAUAAUCAGACUACGGAUUGUUGUCCUGAAAGAGAGGAGAUGUUUGACUCUUGCUAGGGUAAUACGAGACGUCAAUCAAUUAUCCAUUGAUUGAUGACUUAUAUGAAUCGGUAAUGAAUACUAUAUAUUUGAAAAAGAGUUGGUCAUUGGAACGGAGGGUUCACGCAAUGAAUAGAAUUCCGAAACGAAUUUCUUUAGAUGACACUAAAAUCAAAUAGGGAUGCGAAUGGAUUAACAGAUUACUUUCAUACUUAAGGAAAUGGAAUACUGAUAUUUUUGAAAACGUUUUAUUUAUUAAUAUAUUUCAUAAAAAUACUUAUAUAU